AUGUCACAUUCAAACGUUACUAAAGAAAUGUCUGGCGCUGAUGUCAACUCCGAAGGCAAACCAUAUCAUGAACAUGGUGAUAAGAUAGAAAAGAAGAAACAUGAACCAUCUGAACAUCCUGAAGCAAAAGAUAUUACACCACACCAUGGUCAUGACAAUCAGUUUCACAAGGAUAUAAAAGGUAGCGUUGGUAGUGGAUCAAGUGAACGAGGUGAUCGAAAAGCUGAUAAGGAAGCUUCAUAA